GGAGCGCAGCCAGCCCGGCUCACCCCAACCCCGCGCGCACUCUCGCCGGUUCCCACCCAGCCCGGCGUUCCGGGGGGAGCUCCGCGCAGCCCGCCGCGUCUGCCCGCGGGGAGAGCCGUCUCCGUGCGCCUGGCUCCCGUGCCCCGUCCACCCGCCGUGUGCUUGGUCUUCCGUCCUCUCCCGGCCCUUCGCUUGCGGACGGGGCUGACCCGGCCAGGCGAGCGUCGGACCCCAGGCUGCGCGCCCAGGUCCAGUCCCGGCCCCCUGCGCCCCGCCCCUGCGCGCCGCUCCCCGCGAGCUCGGACGGGAAAGUGAGGGCGGCUCCGGGGGACCGCGAGGCUCGGGCCGGGAAGCCGCCUACUCGCCGCGCCCGCCAUGGCUUCCACGGCCACCUGCACUAGGUUCACCGACGAGUAUCAGCUCUUCGAGGAGCUCGGAAAGGGGGCAUUCUCAGUGGUGAGAAGAUGUAUGAAAAUCCCUACUGGACAAGAGUAUGCUGCCAAAAUUAUCAACACCAAAAAGCUUUCUGCUAGGGAUCACCAGAAAUUGGAAAGGGAAGCUAGAAUCUGCCGUCUUUUGAAGCACCCCAACAUUGUGAGACUUCAUGACAGUAUAUCAGAAGAAGGCUUCCACUAUCUGGUGUUUGAUUUAGUUACUGGAGGUGAGCUGUUUGAAGACAUAGUGGCAAGAGAGUACUAUAGUGAGGCCGAUGCCAGUCAUUGUAUACAGCAGAUUCUAGAAAGUGUAAAUCAUUGUCACCUAAAUGGCAUAGUUCACAGGGACCUGAAGCCUGAGAAUUUGCUUUUAGCCAGUAAAUCCAAGGGAGCAGCUGUGAAACUGGCAGACUUUGGCUUAGCCAUAGAGGUUCAAGGAGACCAGCAAGCAUGGUUUGGUUUUGCUGGUACACCUGGAUAUCUUUCUCCAGAAGUUUUGCGUAAAGAUCCUUAUGGAAAGCCAGUGGAUAUGUGGGCAUGUGGUGUCAUUCUCUACAUCCUGCUGGUAGGGUAUCCACCCUUCUGGGAUGAAGACCAACACAGACUCUAUCAGCAGAUCAAGGCUGGAGCAUAUGAUUUUCCGUCACCAGAAUGGGACACGGUGACUCCUGAAGCCAAAGAUCUCAUCAACAAAAUGCUGACCAUCAACCCUGCUAAACGUAUCACAGCCUCGGAGGCUCUGAAACACCCAUGGAUCUGUCAACGUUCUACUGUUGCCUCCAUGAUGCACAGACAGGAGACUGUCGACUGCCUGAAGAAGUUUAAUGCUAGACGGAAACUGAAGGGUGCCAUCUUGACAACUAUGCUGGCUACGAGGAAUUUUUCAGCAGCCAAGAGUUUGUUGAAGAAACCAGAUGGAGUAAAGAUAAACAGCAAAGCCAACGUGGUAACCAGCCCCAAAGAAAAUAUCCCCACCCCAGCGCUGGAGCCCCAAACUACUGUAAUCCACAACCCUGAUGGAAACAAGGAGUCAACUGAGAGCUCAAAUACCACCAUUGAGGAUGAAGAUGUAAAAGCACGAAAGCAAGAGAUCAUCAAAGUCACUGAGCAACUGAUUGAAGCUAUCAACAAUGGAGACUUCGAGGCGUACACAAAAAUCUGUGACCCAGGCCUUACUGCCUUUGAACCUGAAGCUUUGGGCAACUUAGUGGAAGGGAUGGACUUCCACCGAUUCUACUUUGAAAAUGCUUUGUCCAAAAGCAAUAAACCAAUUCACACUAUCAUCCUGAACCCUCACGUGCACCUGGUGGGGGACGACGCGGCCUGCAUAGCAUACAUCCGGCUGACACAGUACAUGGACGGCAGUGGGAUGCCAAGGACAAUGCAGUCGGAAGAGACGCGUGUGUGGCACCGCCGGGAUGGAAAGUGGCAGAACGUUCACUUUCAUCGCUCAGGGUCACCAACAGUACCCAUCAAGUAAAUAUUCACAGCUAAUUUUCAGCAGUGCCAGCUCUGCAUUCUGUUCUCAAGGCAUCUGGAGGGUAACCCUAGGAUGUGCUCUCCUCCUCUUCAUGCAUGUUUCUGAGUGCAUGAAGUUGUGAAGGUCCUACAUGUAAAGCAUAUGUGAUGCGUCACCUUGUCAUAGAUUCCUUCCUACACAUCAUUUACACUCCAACUACCAGAUGGAUGGUCCAUGCAAACUGAAAUUACUGUUGGCAAACAAUAAGGAGAGGGCAGGCAAGAAAAUUCCACAAUGAUAUAAGUUCAAUUGAUUCAUGAAGUUUAUCUGUUUAAGCCAAGAUUUGAAAGAUUUAACUAAAAUCAUUGUUCUCUGGACGACAGUUUGUAAGAAAAAUGUAAAUCUUUCUAGAGCUCUGCCGUUAAUCUAUUUUGGCUUUUUGUUCUGUUUUUGGUUUUGUUUGUUUAUAGCAGCUUUGUACUAGCUCAUAACUGGAAACACAGAUGUCCUUUAAAGGGGGAAUUCUUAAACUGACACCUCCAUAGCAAGGAACAUAGGGAACUUGGCAAGGAAAAGAGAGUGAACUGUUAACACAUGCAGCACCCUGGGUGGGUCUCCAAAGAAUUAUGCUGCGAAAAGCCAAUCUUGAACAUUUAUAUACUAUAUGAUUUCAUUUACUUAACAUUUUAAAUGGCAAAAUUAUAGGAAUAAAGAACAGAUUGGUGGUUGCCAGGGGUGUGGGGCCAAGGGCAGAAAGGAGUGAGUGGCUGCAAAUGGGCAUCACAACAGUCCUGGUGAUGGCAACAUUCUGUAUCCUGAGUGUAUUAGUGACAAUAUUGUGGCUGUGAAACUGUACUGUAGACUUGCAAAUUACUACUGGGAGACAAUGAGCAAAGAGGACAGAGGCUCUCUGACCCAUCUUCUAACUAUAAGUGGAACUACACUUCAAAAUGGAAAAAAUUAAAAGAAAACAUAUAUGGCAAAAAAAAAAAAGGUACUUGGAUCUGAAAGGAUCAGAAUCUGAGAACCGUGUACCCUAAGAGAGGGUACACUUCUGUAUUUAGUGGUAAAGUCCUGCCUCGGUUUUGUCAUGAAAUGGAGCCAUGUGGGUCUGUGCGAGUCCAGGUGCAUAGGUGUAUUCCUCAAGCGCUCAUGUCUGGGUGCUCGUCACUGUGCAUCAAUUGUUGCUUGCUGCUUUUUUUUUUUUUUUCACAUGCAGAGAAUUUGCAUUUAAUACAGUUAUUAGCACCAUAAUUGCACAAAAUCAUGUUUUUUGGUUUUUAAGGCAAAAUAAUAUACCUUCAGUUUCCUGGUGAAAUCCUGGUAAAAAUGAUGACUUUUAUCUGAAAGUUCUGAUGUUACAUAAGUGAGUGGUUAUAUAGGUAAAAUCCCAUGUGAAUAUAGAAGCAAGAGUCAGUUGAUGAACUACCAUCAAAGCCAUGUUCUGGGUCAAACCAUGUAAAUGGGAAGAAUUCACAUCAUUUACAAGUCUGAUCAUGGACACGAAGCUCUAGGAACUGCCUGAUUUUUUUUUUUCCUUCCUCAACUCUGUGUCCUGUUCUCUUUGCUUUACCCCAUCCCCUUGCUCCUUUCCUCUGCUUUUCUUUUUUAUUUUCUUUGGUUUCUCCAUCCUUUUCAUUAUUAUCUUUCUUUCUUUGGUGGGUAGUAUAUAAGAAAAGAAUAAGUGAGAUUUGCAUAAUGAAAGUAAAAUGAAAAUCAAGGCCUUUUGGAGGGAGCAAAACUAGCACUUCCGUCAUUUUCACAAAAUUGAAGAUUUUAUCAAAAGGUUUUUAAUUUAGCCUAUGCUCCCACUUGUACUAGUUAUCCUAACCAUGUUAAAAUUGCAGGAACUAACUGUUAGGCUAACAGCAGUAUGCCUCUGCUGUAACUUUCUGGAUCUUACUGACUGGGGAAAUUUCCAGAAGACAAGUGGAGCGUGACCAGGGUUCUGUGCAAAGGGCUGGUCUGAACCUUGUGGAAUCCUGCUCAUGUCAGUAGCUAGCAUUCUCAAGUUGAAGAGCUUGGUCAUGCUUCCCAUUCUCAUAUGCAUUGUAUACUGGAGCUUUGUGACUUGUGAUCUUUUAGCUUCCCUCCUCAGUCACAAUAUCGUUGUUUUUCCCCAAGGAGUUAGGACUUUCGAAGUAAAGCAAAAGAAAAGGGAAAUGCCCAGAUUUUCUUAGCGCUUCCCGUGUCUUCUUUGUUAGUUCAGUUUCUGUGAGACUGUUUCUCUGCCCUGAAAUGCUCUGUACUGCAUGGAGUUCCCAUCAGCGUUACUUUAGCUGUAGUUACCCACAGUUCUUAGAAGCCUGUUUUUAAAGCAGAAGGGAAACAAAUACAAGACACCCCCCUCUUUUUUCUCACUUUACCUUUCAGUGUUGAUUGCUUAUCAUUUUAGAUAUUGUUGCUAGUGAAUGUAUGGUAGAUGGGUUGAAGCUUUUCUGACAAUUAUUACACAAUUUAAAACAACAUAUAUUUAAAGUAAAUAUAUACAGUCAACGUAUUGAGCUGUGUUAACCUGCCAGUGAGAUCUGUGAAAAAGUGAUGGCCUCAAUUUUCCCUUCUUAACUUCGUUUACCUUUCUGUGAAGCGGCUCUCCGUGGCACACAUAUAUUUAAAAAUAAAAAAAAUAGGGGUAGAGGGGGUUGUGGUUUUUUUUACACUUGUAACUUAGCAUGUGUGUGGUGUUGAAGCAUUGCUAUAGAUCCCAUAUGUCUCCCACACCAAGACGUAAGGAAAUUGUGAUUGGUUCUCCCCACCACAGUUAAUUACACAUUCAUCAUCUUCUAUCAUUUUGAAACACUGCAGUUUACCAUAGGAUACUGUAUAUAUUUCUUACCAUAAUGGUAAAUGACUGAUUGGUAUAUUUAAGAGUUAAUAAAUUUGUGAUUUCUGCCAA